GCACAGACCGGUUGAACAUGGGACGGUGAUGGGUCGUGCAAUUGUCAGCUUCCCUCCGUCAGAUCGGGAACCAGUGUUCUCGGAACACCCGUUCCCCAAAAGGGAACAGCAGAAGCGUGAACAAUGACUCCGUUUUUUUACGGCGAGAAGUUGGACAGACUUUUCCAAGAUGGAGAUUAUGACGAUCGGAGAAAGAGCUUGAAUUGGUGCUUCUGGUUUAAGAAUUUUUUGGGUGUGGCCGCCUGCCUGGCCUCUGGGAUUUGCACAGGUUUGGUGCCGGCAACGUUUCGAUAUGCACUAGACAGGGGAUACACGGCGCUGCAGCUGAACUUCUUCAGCGACCUGCUACUGAUUUCAGUGGUUCUGUGCGUCGUUGUUUACAACAAGACGAACCUCAUACCAACUAACUACAAACAAGCCUUCCUCUUGGUUUUCCAAGGAGUAGGUCGUUUCGUCGCCCUCUUUUGCCUGUUCACUGCCUAUCAGUACCUUCCUCCAGCCAACGCAGACACGGUGAUAAACCCAGGCACAAUCGUCUUCGUUGCGAUUUUUUCCUGCCUUUUUCUUCAAGAGAUCCCGACAUAUGCCACCAUAUUUGGUAGCUUAUGGUGCAUAGCUGGUGUAGCGCUACUUGGUUAUAGCGGCAUGAUCAACGAGGUACCGGCCACGACAGUCGACUCAGACGAUGUUGGUCUAGGAAUGACGCUGGCCAUCAUUGCAGGCUUGAUUUCCGCUAUGCUAAUCGUUAACAUCAAAGGCCUACUGUCAUCCGGCACGACGAGAACGAUGAUUUUGACCUACGCUUACAGCAUAGCCACAGUUUUGUCGGGCUUAUCAACGAUUUAUACCAGUAAAACGUGGCUUCUUGAGCCAACAAGUGCCGCAGUCUUGUGUGCAGGCCUUUUAGGUAAGUUCGGAGGAACCGUGCUACUAUACGCUGGCCUGAAGCUGGUUGAGGUCAACGCUGCUACUGCCCUGACGCAAAUCAAUGUGUUUUCGGCCUUCGGACUACAGUGGGCAAUUCUCGGAUUUGCUCCGACUAUUUUUGAUGGAUUUGGCCUGACGUGUGUAUUGAUAGGGACAUUUUCUAUUGUUAUGUGGGAGGCAUUGGUCAGUCGGAAGAAAGAGAAACACGUUAGAUUCAUGGAAGAUUUGGAGUUCAUUCCCACACAUCCGGACAAUGACUCUCAUUAAAACUAGCAGAGUAUGAUGUGCAUGUAAAGAAAUACAAGUAAAAGGCUUCUCAAUAAAUAGGAAUAAUUGCAUAGUAUUAUACGUGUUGUUAGAAACAUAUUCAUAUUAGCUUUUGAGGAAUGAUAGUAGUGACAGAUUAUAUAAUGUAAGAAUCAUCUGUCAAGUUUUA